UGGGCGGGGUUUCAUUCCUCAACGACUCCCGACCUUCGAAACCGACAAGGCUGAAAACACCGUAAUCGGAAUGGACACGGAUUUCACGCAAGACUCCGUUUUACAUUUUCUACAGAGCAGAGGCGGCUCAGUGAAAAAUGCCGACCUGCUGCUUCACUUUAAGGGCUUUCUCCGCGACCACGCGGACCAGGUUCGGAACCGCGAACUUUUCAAGAAGUUUGUCAACUCCGUGGCAACGGUCAAGCAGGAACACGGCGUCUCGCACGUCGUGCUCAGGAAGAAAUACAGGACUCCUGGACCCAGCGGCGGCGGGAGCGCUACUUCCGGGACGUCCGCCCGAGGUUCCGCUGGGCCCCCGCCGCCCAAGGCUACCUUGAACCCGGCUUGGAGCAAAGAAAAGGUUCGACAGAAACCCUUACUUCGAGAGGAGACAACGCCUACUAAGCCAAGAGAAUCUGACAUGAAAAAUAUCCUACCGGUGGCUGGUAUCAUACUGAACAACAAUAAUGUAGAAACAAAUUUGAACCUGAGACUGGAACCGAAGCAGGUUAGUCGAGCUGAAGUAACUACAGCACUGACUCACGCUCCAAUCUCAGUCAAAACUCAGACGAGUCCCCCAGAGUACCCCGUCAUGAGACAGAGCCAUCUCCAAGUGGGUCAACGGAAGGCAUCAAUCCAACAUGGAGAAAUCAGCAAACAGGUGUCACCUCAAGGAACUCUAAAAAGCAAUCAGCAACCUAUUGGAAGUCUUCAUCAGAACCCAAAUAUUCUUGGCAAUCUUCAUGUUCAGCCUCGCAGCGCCAGACAGAGGCAGAGCUACAAAACUGCAGUUUCUUAUGAUGACGAUGAUGAGGAUGAAGAGCCCAAGUUGAAAUUGACACCAACGGGGGCAGUGGGGCCCCUAGACAGUCACCUGAGGGCCCCUGCAGCCUCCAGCAUGAGUCAGCCCAUUGCCUUUCCAUCAACAGAGAUUCCUACGAUUUACGUCCAAAAUGUGACAAAAGACGGUCAGGUUCAUCAUUCCCGCCCAGGAUGGAGCUCAGAGUCAGUCAUCCAGCUCGGGAGACCAAAGACGGGACUGAAUGCGGUUCCUGAGUCUCCCCCCGAGGGGUUGGUGCCCACCCGGCGUAGUUUGCCUGUAGGGCAUGCGAUGCCCUCUCAAGAUAGAGCAGAAGAGGAGGAGAGACGGUACUCCCAGCCCGUAGGUUUUGCAGUAGAAAACAGACAGGUGUGGAGUCCAAGCGAAAAAACGUGUCUGUCGAGCAGCCACAACAGCAUCUUUACUCAUCCAUCGGAUGCUGGCUUCCCCGGCAGUGAGUGGCCUGCUAUGCCGGCUGGAAGCAACAGCAGCACUGAGAAACUACAUUUCGUAGCAGGUGACCCGAUGGACGCCUUUAAAACUCAGCAGGUGCUCCAGCAACCCCGUUAUCUGAGGGUCGCGGAACCCUGGCACCACUCUACAGGCGACCUGCUAGACAAAAGAGCAUCUGCCCACGUGCCUACAUUGCAUCACUCUUCUGACCAUCUGAACCAGCCCAGUGACACGCAAUGGCGGCACUCUGCAGGUAAUCUCUAUGAUGACCACGAGUCGAGCGACUGCUCCGGCUCGUCACCGGCGCAGCGUCCACGCCCGACGCUGGCUAGGCGUAUCAGCAGCAAGCUGAAAGGCAGGAUGUGCCGCAGCAUGGGCGCCGACCUCGAUCGGUUCCUCCAGGAAGAAGCGGAGGAAGGAGCGAGGGGGAACGAGGCGGCAAGGCGGAAGCGCCUCCACCGGAUCUCGUCCUCGCUUAGCCUUCACUACAACCUGUCGUCGUCCUCGCUGUCGUCCGGCAACAGUCUCGCCGACUUGGCCGAAGCGGAUGCGAAAGGGAAGCAUUUUCCGCACGCCACUGGUGCUCAUCAUGAAAGCCCCCAUAGGCAGUCCCAGGUUCCUCUUGAAGCGCGAGAACACGCGUGGCUGGUGAAAGGAGCAUCAGGGGCGUGGCCGGAUAUCUACUCCUUGUUCAGAGAGGACGCCACUCUCCUCAACAGACGAGACUUCAUCUCCGGCUUUACUGUGCUGCAUUGGAUCGCCAAACACGGCGACCACAGAGUUCUCAACACACUCUGGUACGGUGUUCAAAAGGCCGGUGUAGCGUUCGACAUCAACGCCAAGGCAUCGUGCGGCCAAACGCCGCUUCACGUCGCCGCCAUCCACGGCAACAAGAACAUCAUUCGCCUGCUGGUCAACAAAUUCAACGCCGACGUCAAGCUGAGAGACACGGCCGGGAAGAAACCCUGGCAGUACCUGAGCCCAAGCGAGUCGCAGGAAGUCUUCCGCCUAUUGGGGGCGCCGGCGCGCGACGCCGCCGGGGGACGAGGGGGGUCUCCCGCGACGGAAGGACACGGCGGGGAGAAGCCGCGUCAACGGCGACGUCAUAAGCGGCAUCACCUGUCCUUCGCCUGGCAGGGAGAAAGACCGAGGACCGUCACUGGAAGCAAAGUAAAACGCUCGACAUCCAUCGCGGCGUUCUUAAAACACAAGCCACUGGUUCGCUUCCACGGGUACAAGUCUGACGGCUAAUGUUUAUUUUUAAACGGACUGAAAAUUUGCCAUGUUUUGACACUUGUUUUACACUUAUGGAAAGCUGUUUGACCAUUUGAUCCAUAUCCUUGAUAUCCAUCUUAACUGGUACGUGUCAACAGUUUUCCAUACACACUGGGAUUAUGAUUUACAAAUCCUCACAAGAUGACUCAUUCAUGUUUUUAUACUAAAAAGGACACAAUGUAAGUCGUGUAAGUUUGACUUGCUGUUUACUGGUGCCAAAGAAAAGAUGGUUCCAAUCUUAACAAAGGCUGCUGCUGUGAGUGAUCAAAGCCUACUUGCCGAGCGGAUGUGUCUGCGACCUGAUUUUCGAUGUCAUUGUUUUUCCAAGCCAAAACAUCGAUCAUCUUUCAGUCUGAAGGUAGAAACGUUCAAGUUCUCACACGAUUGUUAAGGUUUUGCUUCCUUUUCUUCCAAACACCUUUACAAUUCGCACUUCUUGAAAAGCACUCAAACUGGAGGACUAAUUUGUUUUAAAGCACUUAUUUUUAAGUCUGUUGUUUAUGGUUUCGCUUGGUCAGCUGAUAUAUGAUUAGCAUGCUCAGAUUUUAAUUUUCUACUAUGUUGAAUGGAAGCACUUAUUUGACGAAAGACUCGGUACUUAGCAUUUGUGCUUAACAUUUUUUAUAUAUGUAAUUCACACCAGCACAGAACGACAAGCCAAAUUUGACGAGGUCAGUUUUUCAUGUUGUCACUGUAUGGAGCAGUAUUUUUAUUAUGUCUUUGACUGGAAAAAGUUCACUGCAUAUUAAAUGUAUUUGUCAACAGGAGCAACUUUUAACCAACCAUAAAAACGCCUGUGUUGUUGCCAGCGGUGAAUGAAUUACUCACUUUUUUUCUUAAGUAAAAGUACAGUUACAGGGGCAAGAAAUGUAAAAGUACAAGUAUCUAAGAUUAAAAUUACUCGAAGUACAAAAGCACUUGCUUUAAAAAUUACUUUGCAAGUAAAAAUUAUUUUCUCCUGAUCAAAAAUAU